GUCAAUCUUGAAUACCUUCACUCCUGUGAGUCCUUUGUCAUUAAAAAUCUUCAUCAUCUUGCUUUAAGACAAGUUUGAGAGUUUAAACUCUAAUUUCUUCAAACUCUUGCUCAAUUCUGACUUGCCAAAUGUUUUGACUAUCUCUUCUAGCUGACUCGAGUACUCGCCCCAGCCUGAUGAUUCUCCACACAUAAUAAUCAUCUUGAUAAGGCAUGUGUCUGGCUUUGAUCAUAGUCCAUAUCAAAAUACUGUACUCUCGCAUUGCUUGCAUAUUUUAUGAAUCCUGAGAGUUUCAAGAAAUCUACAGAAGCUCGAUCUCAAGCUCAAACUUGAUACCUCUCAACUCCUAUUGCUCUAACUUUAUCUCCAAGUGAUCUUCCAUCAUCUAUUUAUUUUUGAAGCUUUGUUCUCUCAUAAAAAUAUGUUCUUUACUUUAAGCCUCUUCUCUGGUUGAAUUAUCACUUUGCACUUGUCAAUCACUCAGGCCUGGAAUGCUAACUCCACUGCUCCAGUCCAGCUAUUCAAAAUCCUGGUGAAUCCCUUACUGGUUAUCAUCAGUAGGACAAGAUAUACCACUCCAGGUACAGUAGAAACCUAGAGGCCUGUUAAUUGGCUUAAGAAGAGAUGAGAAGGAGCAUGGGGUUGGGGUGUGCUUGGGUGCAGAGUUUACAGAGGAGAGCCAAAGGAAGAAGAUGAUGGAGAUUUAGGUAUAGUUCAAAGGAAAAAAGAGAAGGAUAUAAGAGUGCUAUAAAUCAUUAAAUUUUGUAAGAAUUCGCAAACUGCGCUGGAUAAAUUUGCCUCACCUGCCACUUUGAAGGCUUGAAGGGGCCAAUGAUGAUUUUAGAAGAGCAUAUUUAUUCAAAAUGAUGUUGAACCUUUCAGUUGCCUUGUCAUAUCUUUAAAUGCCCUACCAACCAGCUAUA